UCUAACUGAAAUAAUAUGAACACCAGCUGAAAAUGAGAUGAAUACUAAAUGAAUUUUUUCAAUUCACUUAAGUUUUCAUUUGAUUGCUGGAUUUUUUCAGUUUAUUUUUUUUUUCAUCUGUUGAAAACAUUGUUUCAGUUUAUGUGUAUUUAGUUGUUUUUUUAUGUUUUGAAUGAAGAUGAUGAAAAAGGAGAGGAGGAUGAGAAGAAGAGGAAUGCUGAUGAUGAUCAGCAUAAAGAUGAUGAUGAUGAUGAUGAUGAUGAUGAUGAUGGUGAUGAUAAGGAUCACCAGAAUUAUAAUGAGACAAAGGAGGAUGAUGCUGAUGAUAAUGGUGAUCCUGGUCUUCAAGGAGAUGAAGACAAAGGAGGAGAUAAGGAUGCUGGUCUUCAUGGAGAUGAAGACAAAGGAGGAGAUAAUGGUGAUCCUGGUCUUCAAGGAGAUGAAGACAAAGGAGGAGAUAAGGAUGCUGGUCUUCAUGGAGAUGGAGAGGAAGGUGGAAAUAAUGAGAAAGAACCAAAGGAAGAUGAUAAUAAGAAGACUGGCAAUGCUGAUGAUGAUUGUGGUCUUCAAGGAGAUAAAGAGGAAGGAGGAAAUAAAGAGUUGGAUGCUGGGGUUCAUGCAGAUGGAGAGAAAGGAGGAAGUAAGUUUCUUUCAUUUUAUACCUAAUUGAAAGAAUUCAAAGACCAACUGAAAAAUGUGAUGCUCUAAAGAAAAUAAUAUCUUAUAAAUAGCAACUGAAAUACUGUU